AUGAGUAGUAAAUCAAAUUUCAAAACAUUAGUUAUAAUUGAUCUUGAAACAACUGGUUUAGUAUAUGAUCAACCUAAAAUUACUGAAUUAGCAAUGAUUGCUGUAAAUAUCGAGACGUUGGAACAAAUGAAAGUAGAAGAAGCAUUACCACGUGUAUUAAAUAAAUUUGUCAAAUUUUUCAAUCCAUUAAAAUUCUUAAAUAGUACAGUAGCUGAAAUGACAGGCUUAACGAAUAGCAUGCUGGCUGAUUAUGCACCGUUCAAUCGUGAAACAGUUCUUGGAAUGGAAGCUUUUUUAAGCGAUUUUGAAAAACCAAUGUGUUUUGUGGCUCAUAAUGGAAAUCUAUUUGAUUUUCCCAUUUUAUUCACUGAAAUACGAUCUGCACUUUCAAGUCCUUCAUUUUAUGUUGUUAACAUGACUAAUAGUACUAAUGAUGUAUCUCUGUCGAAUAUGAAUAUAGCGGUCGCAAAUGAUAACAUAUCGACAGCUUCUCUUACGACAAAAGAUUCAUUUACACAGACAUCAAUAACAAAUGAUGAUUCUAAUCAAACUUCAUUAUUAUCGAUUGCUUGUGCUGAUUCACUUGUUUUCUUUCGAGAAAUGCACCGAUUACUUAAUGAUAAAAAUCUCGUGCAAUGUUCAGUUGAAAAUAUAUCAAAAGAAUGCCCAACGAUAUCUAAUCAAGAUCAAUGUCAUAACAAUGUAUCAACUGAUUCAAUUGAACCGACUUCAAUUUCAGAAACACCUAAUACUACUAACAAUAAUUCAUCAUCUCAUCAUGGAUAUGUUGAAAUACCGAUUAAAUAUAUUCCAUCACAAGAUCCUGCACGACAGCAACUAUCAAUGAAACUUGUUAAGAUUUAUGAACGAGAAUUUAGUCAAGCAACAUCUAAGCUAAAAUCGCAUCGUGCAGAAGAUGAUUGUCUGAUGCUUUUAGCUAUUAUAAAACGUUAUUUGCCAGAUUGGCUUGAAUGGCUGGAAACGAAUCAGCGACCAUUAAGUUAUUUUUCUACUUUACCAUUGACAUCAACAAAGAAAACUUUCCCGAAACCUAUUGUAAAUACGAAACGGCCACUUAAAUUUUAA